CGAGGGUGUUUGCAGUUGUUAAAGAGGAGAAGCAAAAACCUUAUCUCUACACUGCACAGUAGCAACUACCAAUGGCCGCCUCUACCCAUCUCUUAUCCUUAACCCCACGCACCCUCUCCCUACACCUACACCACCACCACUCCUCCGUUCCUUCUCUCUUCACGCCCUCUUCCAUCAAAGCCCUCCCAAAACUCCUUCUUGCCGUCACCAGCCGCGCUUCCAUUUUCGCGCGGAACGUGGCUCUCUCGGAGGAGGGAACCCCCUACUUGGGCGGCGCUGAGGCUGAGACUGAGACUGAGGUGGAGGACACUCCGGAUUUGAAGCUCUUUGUCGGGAAUUUGCCCUUUAGUGUUGACAGUGCUGCGCUUGCCGACUUGUUUCAACAAGCUGGAGGUGUGGAGGAGGUUGAGGUUAUCUAUGACAAGGCUACGGGAAGAAGUCGGGGUUUUGCCUUCGUGGUGAUGUCUUCGGUUGAGGAAGCUGAAGCUGCAGUUGAACAAUUCAAUGGAUACGAACUUGAGGGCAGAGCUUUGCGUGUAAACUCUGGACCACCACCACCUAAAAGGGAAAGCUCCUUUGGAGGACGGGAACGAUCAAGCUAUGGGAACUCCUCAUUCGGAGCUCCCAGGGGGGGCCGUGAACGAUUUGGUAAUACCAACAAGAUUUAUGUGGGUAACCUUUCAUGGGAUGUGGACAACCUUGCUCUCGAGUCUGUGUUUAGCGAGCAUGGAGAUGUUCAGGAGGCUAGGGUGGUAUAUGAUAGAGAUAGUGGUAGAUCCAGGGGUUUCGGGUUUGUUACCUACAGCUCGGCCGAAGAGGUCAACAGAGCUGUUGAGUCAUUGGAUGGCACAGAACUGGAGGGUCGACCUAUUCGAGUUAGUCCUGCUGAAGACCGUCGUUAAAAUUUAAAAGAUAAACAGUUUUGAUCCCGCGAACUAUCGAUCAUGCUUUAGUCAUUUGUGAAGCAGAGUGUCGCACAUGCUGUUUCGUGAAGUUGAUAUGAAGUGGAACUACACACUCAAGUUGCAACCAAGUAUUCAGCUUCUGCAUUGUUGCAACUAGUGUCUGCAAUCGCCUGCGUGAUUCAUAAUAUGUAAUCCACUAGUUAUUUUGUUUUAACAAUGAGCGCUUGUUGGCACUUGGCAUUUUGGUUGGAAUGAAUUGUAAUCUCAUUUGUUUA